GUUCGGAGAGCCCUGGCCUCCUCCAGCAUUGCCCAUGCUCUGUGCUGCCUGGCAUUGAUUUCUGGUGUGCACCCACCAGUGCCAACCUGAGCCUCCAAAAGGAUAGUCAUGCCUCAUCCCUCCAUAUCAGCUGGUUCUUGUCUCAGGUGGACAUGGCCCACAAAGGCCACUUUCAACCCAGCAGCCUGGACUGGGCCCUGCGACUGAUCCUGGCAUGGAUCUUCUUGGUGGCCUGUGGAGGGAGCCACCCCCUGCAAGCUAGACUCUGGGGACACGCUGGGCUGGCAGCCAAUGUGGGCACAAGCCAGCUGCACCUAGCAGGGUACCCUCCGUCCUCAGUUCCACGGCCUUCCCUGAGGAUCCAAGAUCCUGGUUCACAGACAUCACCCCUGCCAGAACCUUGUUGUACCUCAGAUAUAGACGGACCAGAGCCAUCAAACCCAGGGAUCCUUCUAGAAAGCUGCGGUACGCCGAGCCCGGAAUGUGAAUUCUUCCUGGGACACCUUCAACGUGCCCUCCGCAAUCGCUUCCACUCGCUGCUGCUGGGGGUACACCGAGUGCAGCCUCUCUGCCUGGAGCUCUGCCGGAUUUGGUUCACCACCUGCGAAGCAGAUCUUACCUGUGGCCGGACCUGGCCGCAGCCCUCUGGGAAGAGAGACUGUGAAGAAGCCAGCUGCCGGACCUACGGGCAGACCUUCGCCAACGCGGAAGACCUGUGUCGCACGGUUCUGGGCCACGUACUGCCGGUGGCAGCUCCUGGCUCACGUCACUGUCUGAACGUCUCCAUCUCCUCCUCUCCACGCGCCCGCCGCUCUCGCGCCUGGAUCUCGAAGGCUGCAGGCAGCGGCAGCGGCAGCGGCGACAGCCCUGAGUAGAUGUUUGUGUCCCUUCCUUGGGCCAGGAGCCACCCAGAAACACACCCCUCCCUCUCUCUCUCUCCCUCCCAAACCAUGCCCUGGGGUUGCUUAGACAGGCCUCUCUACCCGUUAUCCUAGAAAUGGCCCAACUCUCGCUUAGUCCGCUCUCUUCCCCAGAAUAAAGUGACCGCCUAGACCAUGCUAUACGAUGUGGCUGCUGCCUGGGGAAGUAGUUGGGAAGAACUGCCAAAAAGUAGUCAUCUCAGAGGGGGAGAGGAAGGAGAGAGGAAGGGAAGGAGACAGAGACCAGUAAAAUGGCACAGCAGGCCAACUCUGAUGAUCUCCAUCUAUCCCCAGAACUCACACAGUAAA